AUGGACCAACCAAAAGUCAUCGACGACGAAAAGCAACCCUACGUUACUCACGACGUAUUUGUCGCGGAUAAUAGUAGACCGUCGUUGUCCUCAUACUCCUCCCAUGCGUCAUCCCGCACUGCCUAUGUUCCUCACAACCAUCAUGCCAACGAGCAACAUCACUCGACUACAGCCCCGAGUUUCGACUUUGACCCUCCUGAUGGCGGAUGGCGAGCCUGGUCUCAGGUGCUUGCUGCCAACCUCGCUAAUGCUGUAUCCUGGGGCUACGCUGCUACAUUUGGAGUAUACCAGCUGUAUUAUGUUGACGCAAUGGGCCUAGAGUCAUCACAGGUAUCUUGGAUUGGGUCAGUCCAGGUAUUUCUUGCAUUUGUUGUCUGCGGCCCAUCCGGCCGCAUUGCCGAUGCCGGCUACGCUCACGAGAUUAUCAUCGUGGGCUGCUUCUUUGUUGUACUGGGCUCUUAUAUGACUAGCUUUUGUUAUGAGUAUUGGCAAAUCAUGCUCGCCCAAGGGGUUUGCACGGGGAUCGGUCUUGGCGUCAUUUCUACUCCCGCCGUCGCCAUAACCAGCUCGUACUUUAGCACACGCAGAUCACUGGCGCUAUCCAUGUCCGCUAUGGGAACCUCCGCGGGAGGUGUUGUCUUCCCAGCGAUAGUGCAGUACCUGAUUCCUCAGAUAGGGUUUAGCUGGGCUACCCGAGUCGGAUCUCUUGCGGCGCUUGUAUUCUGUGUAGGAGCCUGCGUGCUCCUGAAGCCGUAUAUCCCGGGGCGGAAAACAGGCCCCUGGGUUGAGUGGGCAGCAUUCAAAGAGAUCCCCUAUGCAUUAUUUGCUGCUGCAGCUUUUCUGAACUUUUACGGCAUGUACUUUGGACUUUUUUAUGUGAGCAUCACCGUUUGUCUAUAUGCUCGCAGGCUUCCAGGGAGAAGUUGA